AUGACCACCGCGCUCCGUGCUUGGGAUGGCCUCCCCGCCGAAAUGAAAUUGUCCAUAGUCGAUCUCCUUGAUUUCGACUCCAUCCAGUCUCUCGCAAUGGUCAAUCGCGAGUCUUACACCCUAUGUGUCCCGUCUAUCUUCAGAGUGAUGAAAAUACCCAGCAGCGAGGACCUCCAGACAUAUUUGUCCAGUGUGCCCCAGUCGUACAAUCAGUGCAUCAGGCGCCUCAACAUCUGUACCAAAAGCUCCACUACUCAAGCACCACCCCCCGGAGUGACAGAUGCAGUGUCACAGCUCCUCGGUCAGUGUCCCCAAUUGGAGGACUUGACCCUCGGCCUCGCCAGCUCCCUGUCCAAGUCUGUCAUCCCGUGUUUCGCCAAGCUUCGCUCUCUGACCAGCCUUACCAUCAAUCAUUGUGGCGAUGAGGAUACAUCCCCAUUGAGCGAGCGCCUGGUCGUCUCCAUUGCAGCGUCUGUGCCCAACCUCACGCGGCUCUCCCUCGACCGCGUCACCCGCUCCGCGCUCCACGCCCCCGAGCUCGUCGGCCUAUACCCGUUCAUCCCCAUCGUCGCCGGCGACGAGGACAUCCCCGACCACCCGCUCCUCGGCGCCGAGCUGCGUCUGCCCUCGCUCCUGCGCCUGCCCACGCUCACGAAGCUGCGCAUCCGCGACACGCACCUCGGCGACCCGCAGUGGUCGUGCACGCCCGUGCACUGCGCGCUCGAGGUGCUCGACCUCGGUUCGUGCUACCACGAGUCGCUCGACUUCAACCGCGUCUGCACGGAGCGCAUCAUGGGCGCCGUUGGGCACACCGUCGACGAGUUCGCCCUCAACACCGCGCUCACGCCGCAGACGUUCCAGUACGCGCGCCACGCGGACACCCCGCCCCUCCAUCGCCUGCGCAAGGUGCACCUCACGCCGCUCUUCCCCGUCGAGAACGUCGUCGACACGCUCACGACGCUCGCGGACUCGCCCAUCGAGCAGCUGUCCGUUCAAUGCCACGAGGACGACGUCGAGGACAUGUGCUCCGCGCUGGAGGACUUCUUGAGCCUUCGCGCUGAGCGCGGAGAGCAGACACUCUAUAAGCACCUCUCUGAGAUCACCGUCAAGACGGUGAGCGACCUCGCGGACGGUCUUUUCGGGCCGUUCGGUGUGGACACCAAGUCGUCUCCGGUGACUUUGCCUGCUGAACAUGUCGAGGCGAUCAAGCGCGUUCAAGACUUCCUCCGCGAUCUCAGAUCCGCAGGAAAUGCAGACGCGAGUGCACGGCCAUGCGACGAUUCAUCUGAGGGAAGCCAAGACAAGGCAGAUCAGCUUCCUCCUCGCGAAGUGACACUCGUCUCGAGCAUCAGCGUAUGACGUCAUAUUUUCUUUACCUUGGGAUACACGAGGCGCCGUCAGACAUUUUGAAAUGUAUAUACCCGGAACUUGUCUUUGUACACGUCGAUUAGAGGGGGUUCAAAUUAUCAUUGGCUUUCCCUGCUU